AUUCGGUAAUAUUCGCGACUUUGUUCGUGAAACACAGUUUCCCUAGUGUCGAUUCAACGUGUAGUUUUAAAUAUUGCAGAUUAUUUUAUACUUCCUACAUUAAAUUUAUAAUAUAUAUAUAUAUAUAAUUCUUCAGUGACUUAAAAAAUAUUGUAUUAAAAAAAAACAAUGGAUCCAGAAUUAGAAGCAAUUCGCAAACAACGGUUAGCACAAUUGCAAUCUCAAUAUAAGGGAGGAAAUGUGGAAAAUAAGCAAGCGAUGGAAGAAAAAAGACAGCAAAUGGAAGAUAUGCGUAAUUCAAUUCUUACCCAAGUACUGGAUCAGGCAGCUAGAGGAAGAUUGAACACACUUUGCCUUGGAAAACCAGAGAAAGGAAAAAUGGUAGAGGAAAUGAUUUUGAACAUGGCUCAACGUGGACAAUUAUCUAACAAAUUAGGAGAAAAAGAACUAAUCAAUUUGCUAGAAAGUAUAAAUCAACAAACACAAAAAAGAACAGUUGUUAAGUUUGAUAGACGAAGAGCAGCAUUAGAUUCUGACGAUGAUGAUUUAUAGCCUUCGAGAUGAUAAUAUUUGUGUUAUUUUAAAUGAUUUUCUGUUUAAUUAUUAGAUAAAUAGCAUUACAGCAAAUUGUGUAUUUAUACUUCAUUGACUUGACUAUUUUCUGUUUAAUUUUUAUGCUGCUAAUAUAAAAAAUUUAUAUGAUAUUAUUAAUGUAUUGUUAUUUAAUCAGUAUUUUUUUGUAAUUUCAAUAAGACAAUGAAAUU